AUGAGCAUGGACACCCGUAUGGUGAAUUUUGGUUUUACGCGUGCUGCUCUCCUGUGCGGUAUUUUAUUAUUGCUAACUGCCGUGUGUUCGCUGCAUGUGACUGCUGCUGAUGGUGAUGAUGGACGCGUGAUUGUUAAUGUGAAGGAGUAUUUCUCUAUGGACAAUUUUGCAUUUAGUCGUCAUGGGAAGUACUUUGUUAGUUACAACAAUGCUGAAGCAUAUUGCCGCGACAAUGGCGCUGUGCUUCCUGCCGAUCAAACGGAGGCGGCACACCAAAGUUUGCAGGAUGCAAUGAAAGAUGUGUUAACGGGUUCGGAUGCUUUCAGCUACCUUGGUGGAGAUGCUGUGUACAGUAGUGGCGGGGCCAUUGUGGCUGAUAAGCGUUGUAAGCCUGGAGACGCGGCAUCUUCACGUCAUUGUGUGUAUCGUUGGAAUAAGGGAUUGUUUGCAAAGGCUUUGCCUGAUGGUCACGGGGUGGCGUUCUGGCGUGGUUCAUAUGUCAAAUACGCUUUUGCGGCUCCAAUGAAUGGUUACCCAUCCUUUUGGGGUAGUGAAUAUCCCAAGCAUGGUCAGUUGUAUACCCUUUCAUGGUACCAUGAAGAUGAUGAUGUGACUACCUGGUAUGAUGGCAGGGAGGCUUCUGGGACUAUUCGUUGGACAAGUCAGAACUUUGAAACAAAGUCUCAAGACUACGUUGUUGUUUGCGAGGUCCAUGAUUCUAUCAGCACGACGACAACCACAACAACUACCACUACAACUACAACUGCACCUGCCUCUGGCGAAGUACCGGAACCAACUGUGACAAAGGAUGAAGAAGUUACUGUGACAACUGUGUCAUUGGAAGAGAGGAUUGAUUUGCUCAUUAUUCUUAUAGCUCUAAUUUCUGUUGUUUCCCUCAUUGUGUUGCUGCUUUUCCUUUUACGUUGGUUCUGUGAUUAUAAUGUUAAAAAGGAGAUCAUUCCCAUGACGCUGCGUGAAGUUGUUGGAGAGCCGUUGUUUGUCCUGGAGCCAACACCUUUUGUUCCCCCAGAGGGUUUUGCUGCUCCUCCCUUAGCCCUGCAAUAUUAUAACCAAAUGAUGACCGGUCAAUCGUAUUAG